AAAAAUAAUAACCACCACGUUUACCUGAAUCUCACUUACCUGUGGAAAUCUACUGCAGGUGGAGAAUUACGAGAAGUGCUGAGUGAUAAAGACAACUAGGCACCUGUGACACUUCCAACUAGUUUUAUACAAUUCAGUCCCUUUCUCUGUACUGGGACUUUUCAUCUAUAGUUUAAUUUAAUUUAGUACCAUCGUCUGUGUGGGUCUGCCAGCUCUGGUAUAUACACAGUGUGAAAAUUUAACAGGUAACGAGUGUUUGAUUGAUAUAAUACCUGAUUCUCGCUCCCACCUGUCUCAACUUGUUGCCUCCUAUGAAAAUACUAGAGCGCUAUAAAACAAAGAGGAAAAUUCAAAAGUGCUAAGAAACGGAAGAUUCAAGAGCACCAUCAAACUAAGAGGAAGAUUCAAGAAAACCAAAAAAGAGAGGAAGACCCAAGAGUGAUGAACAGAGGGGAAAUUGAAACGUGCUAAAAAAAUAAAGAGGAAAAGGUCAAGAGUACUAUAGAAAGUGUACUAAUUGUGCUGCGUAUAAAAAUAAAUAAAUAAAUAAAUAAAUAAAUAAAUAAAAAACAAGAAAAAAAUAAAAGUGUACUAGAUUAAAUGUACUAAAAUAUUAUAAACGAUUCUUUAAGUAAUUCUAUGUUUAAACGGAACCGAAGUAAAAGUGAACAGUGGAUAACAAAAAGUGUACUGAAAUUUUUUGUAAGUGAAUGUUAAGUAAUUAUAUCAAUACCUGUGACCUCCUGACCUCUUGACCUCUUGACCUCUUGACGUGACAGAAACCCACUUACCAGGAUACCGAGAGACCGUACAAGAGUGAAAAGUGACAAAAGAUUAAUAAAAGUAAGAGGAAGACACUUAUAGAUACUUAAGAGGAAAUUGUAAAGUGUAAACUGCGUGUGUAUGUGUGUGUGUCCCCUCCUCACUAAUCAAGAGGAAGACUGUAGUGAAGAUACCUCUUUCUUCCGUACUUGAGAGGACGUAAGAAGAGGAGGAGGAGGCGGAGGAGGGGGAACACGUGUAAUUCAAGAAGAUUAAGUGUUCUUAUCUCGCUCUUCAGUGUCUAAGAGGAAAUUACUAAGAGGACUCAAGAGGAAAAGAGACAUAGGUGACAAAAUGAGACUAAACAAACAUGAUAAACUGACCGCCUGUGUGUGUGUUCAUGUACGUGUGUGUAACUAAGAGGAACCAAGAGGAGAAAGAAAUAUAUGAUAAAAUGAAACAAACAAAGAGGAAUUAUGUGUAGUGUGUACGUGAACUGACCCCGUGUGUGUACGUGUGUGUGUAAUUAAGAGGAACCAAGAGGAACCAAGAGGAACCAAGAGAAAUACGUGACAAAAUGAGACAUAUAAAGAGAGAUGUUGUGUAGUGAAUAUAUUUAAACUAUUCCUGUGUGUUUACUUAAGAAGACCCAAGAGGAACCAAAGAGGAACCAAAGAGGAACCAAGAGGAACGCCUGCCAGUCAAGAGGAAGGUGUUGUGGUGGAGGUGGAGGGUGAAGCGUCAAAGGAAUGGCCUAUAGAGUGAACCGCCACCACCACCACCACCACAACCACCACCGCCACCACCACCACCACCACCAGUCUCCACCACCACCAUGAUGGCCUCCACCUCCCUCCCCGUUCUGGUCUCCUCCCCAGCUGAAGACCCGGAGAACCUGUCUGGAGUGUACGGGUGCAGCCAGGACGCAGGAUUCACUACCAACCUCUCCCAGUUCGAGUACCCCUACCGCAUGAAGACCUGGGUACCCAUCACCUGGCGGGAAAUAAUCAAGGUGGCGACGUACCUGUUCGUGUUCCUGGUGUCCCUCGUGGGUAACCUGCUGGUGAUGCUCGUGGUGUGCUACAACAGACACAUGCGUUCGUCCACCAACCAGUACCUAGUGAACCUGGCCGCCGCUGACCUCCUGGUGACUCUGGUGUGCAUGUGGGUGCAUAUUGUUAGGCACCUGUCACAUCCUCACUACAUCCUGCCUGCCUAUGUCUGUAAACUCGACGGAUUUGUGCAGACCACCACCCUGCUGGCGAGUGUGCUGACCCUUACCGUGAUCAGCGUGGGGCGGUUCGUGGCAGUCAUGUUCCCGCUGCACGCCCGCACCUCCCCGGACAGAGCCAAUAGGGUGAUAGCCGCUGUCUGGAUCGCCUCAGCUCUCAUCGCAUGUCCUAUUCUAUUUUACAGGAAGCUUUAUAGUAUACAGUGGGCGAACUUCACAACUUGGCAGUGUGAUGAAUUCUUCCCCACGGAGAAGGAGUAUGUGGAAGCUGACGACCGCUGUGAGGUGAUCUAUGACGCUAAACACUUAUUCUACACCAUCCUCAUUAUUGCCCUCUUCUUCCUGCCUGUCGCCAUCAUGAUCAUUAACUACAGCCUGGUGGUGUGGACUUUGUGGGGCGCCAAGCAGCCGGGGGAACAGCAAUCGGCAGCCACUCGGAAUAUGGCGACGAAGGCGAAGAAGAAGGUGGUGAAGAUGGUAACGGUGGUGCUUCUCGUCUUCGUCAUCUGCUGGACUCCUCUACUCACCCUCAUCCUCUUCAGCUUAAACCACCAGGGACACCUUCCGGAGUGGUUCUCGUCGCUGGAGUUCGCUGCUUACUUCAUCGCCUACUCCAACUCUGCCCUAAACCCCAUCAUCUACUGCGGGUUCAACACCAGCUUCAGACAGGGGCUAGUGGCGCUCCUCUCCUGCCGCCACGCCGCCACGGGGAGGAUAUACCACAGGAGACACUGGAUGGGCAUGACAGGCGGCACUCGGGACACCACCGUGGGAUGCUCCGGCCCCGAGCCCGCCGUGCUGCUCGAACUUAGCUCCCUCAGGAGAAACAGGGUUACGCAGAGAAGCUCCCUCACGCCGUCACACAGCGGUCGUCAUCUCUUCUCAGGGUCCAGCAGGGAGUUAAGGGCCGUAACGCACUGUGACACCGCCCACGACCAUGGCUGCAAGGUGUGUGACGGCAUGGGAUCCGCGCCUCUGCACUCCACCACGGGCAUGCACCUACUGAAGAGCGACGCUUCUCUAGGCGGGCAGAACGGAAGUAAGCUGAGCACAAGGGCGUCUAGCUCCUCCGGGGACAGCGUGGGGCGGGGCAUGUGCGGCUGCUGCAGGAGGCACGGCAAGAGAAGGUCCCGCCUGCCGCUGUAUCACGAAAAUGAGAUCUAUGACGUGAAUGACCUGCCGGAGGGGAUGGGGAUGAAAGGCAAGGAGGAGAUCGUGUGAGGGGGGUGACAGGUGGUGCAGCCGCGUCUUACCUUGCGUUACCUCACCUUGCGUUACCUCCUGCUGCGUGAUUCGUCAUUGUCAUCAUUACCAUUUGCUAUUACUGCCAUUGUGAUUGUUGUUGUUGUUGUUGUUAUUGUUGGUAUUAUUAUUGUUGCUAUUAUUUUUAUUAUUAUUAUUAUUAUUAUUAUUAUUAUUAUUAUUAUUAUUAUUAUUAUUAUUAUUAUUAUUAUCAUUAUCAUUAUUAUUAUUAUUAUUAUUAUUAUUAUUAUUAUUAUUAUUAUUAUUAUUAUUAUUAUUACCACCGCUACUACUACUACUACUACUACUGUUACCUGUUGUAUCAUUAUCAUUAUCAAUGCUCUCCAGGUUAAAUUUUUAUCUAUAUUUGCUAUGCUACUACUACUACUACCACUGCUACUACUACUACUACUACUAUUAUUAUUAUUAUCAUUAUUAUUAUUAUUAUUAUUAUUAUUAUUAUUAUUAUUAUUAUUAUUAUUAUUAUUAUUAUUAUUAUUAUUGUCAUAAUUAUUAUUACCUUCACCACCACCAUCACUACCACCACGACCACCACCACCACCAUCACUAUCAUUCAUUCAUUCAUUCAUUCAUUCAUUCAUUCACUUUCCUCAUAACUCGUCCACUUUCCAUGUAAGUGUGUGUGUCAUCCAUCCAUAUUCUGAAACACUUCUGCGCCGCACCUCCACUACAUUCAAAAGGCUCUAGUUGAAGUGACACGGGUUUUUAAAGGUGUUCCAGCGACAGAUGAACACGAUUUGUACAUUAAUAACAAGAAACAAUCGUGAGAACCCGGCUAGUCAUCUCAGUGGCCUCGGAAAAUAGUCGUGGUGAGACCUAAGGGUUUCUGAAUACCGGCCAUUAAUCACACGUACAGUCAAAGCCAAAAGUUUUUCCUCGUAUUCUUUUCCACUAAUUUAACCGUGUCGCCUCAACCGUAAGUCUGAUAUGCUGCCGAUCACCUGACAGAACCCGAGAAGUGAAGGGUUCCAAGGAGAUCAGAGGACAUGAGGCUGAGGGAACACGCUAAGCACAGUGGAAGUGGGAGCGUCAGGUGACAAGACUUCUGGCCGCGACUGUACACAACUACACACACCACCACCACCACCACACUGCACGUACAGUACAUGUGGAUACUGCGUGGUUGCUGUAGACUUCGGUGUGCGCCAUGUGUACCUUCAAUGUAGACGUGAACUCCACUCUCUAGGUGUUUUAACAGUCAUGUGUAUGUAUCUAUGUAUGUAUGUAUAGGUUCAUGUAGAUCCACCUUAUGGAAAAAAAAAUAAAAAUAUAUAAUAAAAAUUGCAUGGAUAUUAUUUUUUUUUUCUAGGUGUUUUCUCAGAUUGUUGUGUUCUAAGUGUGAGGAGUGGAGAGGAAACGUCAUGUAUAUAUUUUGAUUUUUUACAUUUUUUGAGAGCAGUAAUAUAAACUGGGGUUUUUUGUCUUCUCUCUCUCUCUCUCUCUCUCUCUCUCUCUCUCUCUCUCUCUCUCUCUCUCUCUCUCUCUCUCUCUCUCUCUCUCUCUCUCUCCAUAACACAGCCUCUAUAACACGUGAAAAUAUAUACAAAAAAAAAUAAUUAAAUGAGUCCUUUUCAACAGCACAGCACAGUGGCAUCAAAACACACACACACACACACACACACACAUUGGGAGAAUCACUGUAUAUUGACUCAGAUCACGUGAUGCUUUGGGAGUGGAUUUAUAUACAUAUUGAUGUGUUUAUAUAUAUAUAUUCCUUCCCUCGUAAGAUUAAGGUGUACAUGGUCACGUUUCGAACCAUAUUGUGGAGCUUCGGUAAAUAAAAACAUAAGGAAAGCUGCAAGAAGCCAUCAGGUCUACUCGUGGCAGUCCAUAUUGUAAAUGGAAUCAUAUUUAAAAGUGAAUCUUUUUUUGGUUUGAUGUUUGAGAUUGGAAAAGAUGAAAGGAAAUGUAAGUUUAUUCCUUCCCUGCGUAUAUUAACUGAUGUAAGUAAAGAAUGACUGAAACUUCGGAAUAAAAUAUAUAUUCAGUCCUUUUCAUGUGAUAUUUGAGACUGAAAAGGAAAAAAAAAAUGUAUGUGUUUGUAUAUACUCUCCACUCUGUGUCAAUAAAGACUUCAUGAGCGAGUCAGGGGUGAAGAAGCGCGAAUGAAGCUUCGAAACAGUGUUGAAGGCGGACCGACACACCACUGCCCGCCUUGCUUCCCGCUGUGUCACGUAACCUUAAAUUAUACACGUGGAAAUAAAGCUGUGUUCAGUAAA